AUGGCUACAGGUAUUUCCAAGACUUUGAAAUAUAACGCACAAACGGAUAAGUUAAUCACUUUUGCAGCUGGCUGCUUCUGGGGUACUCAACACAUCUUUUUGAAGCAUUUCGGGGACAAGAUCAUUGAUGGCAAAGUUGGAUAUUCUAAUGGAUCCGAAAGUCUGAAAGACAAACCAGAUACAGUUUCUUACGAACGUGUCAAGAAGGGUGAUACCGGCUUCGCUGAAGUUUAUCAAAUCUCAUACAAUCCUAAGCUGGUAUCUUUGAAGGAGCUUGUAGACUUCUUUUUCCGUAUUCAUGAUCCUACUACGGUAAAUGCUCAGGGCCCUGAUCAAGGUAGUCAAUACCGUAGUGCUAUCUUUGCGCACUCAGAAGCUGAUCUCAACGAGCUAAAAAAAUUGAAAGAGCAGUGGCAGCCAAAAUGGAACAACAAGAUUGUUACUGAUAUCUCUUUGAUUGAUAACUUCUAUGAUGCUGAAGAAUAUCAUCAAUUGUACCUAGACAAAAAUCCUGCUGGUUACGCCUGCCCAACACAUUAUAUUAGGGAUUUAUAA